AUGAGGACCUCCGCUAUAAUACCGGCCUUCCGGCCAACCUUCCGCUGCCUCUCCCGCCGAACAACGCCUCUCCUCUCUCCCGCGCGGCCAAUACACCCCCGAAGCUCCCAAACCGCCCUCUUCUCCACCACCGCUCCCCUCCUCAAACGCAGCAAGAAGGGCGAGCAAAAGAAAGACAUCCGCAUAACCGCGAUCCAAUACCACCUCCGCCACCCGCUCAACCCCCGUCCCCUCCGCCUCUCCCGCCUCCGCGCCCUCCGCCACUGGACCAUCCACCGCGCAUGGCAGCUCCACAAAGCGGCCUCCCGGCGCGCCCACGAACUCGAGCUCGAGCGGCAGUACAACAGCAUGCGGGACGCGUGCGAGGCGCUGCGCCUGAUCGGGGACGAUGGCAUGCCUGCCAGCGCUGGAACGCCGGGGGGUACGAUGGGGAAGGAGCUGGGCAGGCUGUAUAGAGUCGCGAUGGAGAAGAAGGGUGUUUGGGCGGGCGUGCCGAUCGAGUAUGCGCGCAUGCAGGUGGACUAUCCGAGCCGGGAGGGGUGGAAUCAUGGGUGGACGCGGUAG